UAUAAUUUCCCAUAUUUUUUUAUACACACGCAAAAUUUAUUCGGGUUUUUAGCUUGAUAAAAUUACCCAAAGUAGAAAAGAUUACUUAACAGAGACGUAAACUGUAGAAAAAGUGCUGUAUAUGUCACCGCCGGCUAUGUCAAAGUCAAGUCCAGCUCGUUGGGUCAAGUUCUUCAAUGCCGCUGGCAUACCGUCACCGGCGGCGGCCGGCUAUGCACACAUAUUUGUGGAGAAUCGGAUACAGGACGACAUGUUGUUGGAUCUGAACAAGGAAUAUUUGCGGGAGAUGGGAAUCACAUUGAUGGGUGAUAUAAUAGCAAUAUUGCGACAUGCCAAGCAAGUUAGUGACCAGCAUGCGUUGGACAGAGUGCUAAUAACCGAUGCACCCAUUGCCACGGACGCUGCAUCGCCCACAAUCAAGCCUGCGCUGCCGCCAGCUUUUAAGUCCCUUGCUAUAUCUGAACCGGUUGAUAAGGCUUCAAUAGCGGCCAAAUCUCCUGCGCCAGCAAAGCCCGCUCGUCGAGUACUCCCUGAACAUGAAGGGAAAUAUAAAGUAAAACUGCCAUUAGGUACUACCGAGCGAAGUAAGCAGAUAUUGGCCAAAAGGGAUCAGUUAUAUUCGGAUCGCGUGACUACCAGCAAAAAACCAGAUGUAUUCUCACGUCUCCAUAACGCUGAUUCAGGUGAUGAUGAGGAAGAGCAGGAGCGCAUUGUCUCUAGCAGUGCAGAAACAAGUUCCCGGCUCGUCAAAAUAUCAGGCGUCGUCUCCAAGCUAGAGAACCUAACAUCGACUAAAGCGGCGGCCACAUCAAGCAGCUCAUCGGUAUUCGCACGCCUAGGUGAUAAGGCACCAACACACCCCACCCCCGCUAUGGCCAAGGAAAUAAAGUCCAUACUUAAGAACUCACAGCGCGUUAGUGGCGGCACCAAAAUAAACUCGCCCAUAAUAAAAGCCAAAAGUAUUGUGAAGCCGGUGGUUCAUUUGCCAAAGCAGGAGCAAAAGGUAAUGCUGGUGGAAAAGGUGCCUCUGAAAGGUGGUGACGGCAGUGAUGAAGAGAGUAUGGAGGACGAUGACGAUAGCUUUGAUGACGACUAUGAUGAUGGUGAGAGUGAGAAUGAUGAGGACUAUGAAAUGGACUACGAAAUGCGUGUGCCGUCUGUGAAUCAGAAAAUUGUCAAGUUUGCAUCGACAGCCGAAGUGCGAAAAAUCGCGACAGAAAAACCGCGUGGGAAUAAAAACUUUGCGCAGAACAUCAAAGCAAGACUGGGCUUAGUUUCAAAACUACACGCCACACGAAAAACUUAUAACCUUAAGGCAUCGCCCACUAAAAAAGUUGUCGCGCGUCUCAGUCCUGUGAAGGGAAAGACAAUCCGCAUGCGUUCUGAUGAGAUAUUAUCGCGUCAAGAUGUUCCGGUUCACAAACGCUUGGGUGUUCAUCCUAUGACAUCGGCUAAGCCAGUAGAUCGCCCCCGAGAACGAGCUAUGUUCGCACAACGUCGAAACACCAGCGUCCAUAUUGGGAACAAGCCCAAAGGGCAGGGCAGCUCUGUCUUUGAUCGUCUGGGCUUUAAUAACUCUCUUUGAAGUAACAACUGUGUAGGUGAUUAGUUAUUAAAUAGAAUUUUGAGCGAAAAGAAAUUGCAAUUUAAUAUUUCCAAA